AUGUUCAGCUACUGGGCAAAACCGGCAGAUGCUAAUGAUCUUGCCAAGUACCUAAAUGAUAAUAUUGCCUUCACCUGCGCUCAAAACCCAAAGCGCUUCAUCGGUCUAGCCACAAUACCAAUGCAAGCUCCUCAACUUGCCAUUGAAGAGCUGCAGCGAUGUGUCAACGAACUAGGUUUCAAGGGCAUUCAGAUUGGCUCUCAUGUCAAUGAUUGGAACCUCGACGCCGAAGAACUCGAACCUAUAUGGACUGCUUGUGAAGAAUUGGACGUUGCAGUGUUUAUUCACCCCUGGGAUAUGGACGGAUCCAAACGAAAUUCAAAGUAUUGGUUUCCAUGGUUGAUUGGCAUGCCAUGCGAAACUACCAUGGCUAUAUCCUCGUUGAUAUUUGGUGGCGUGCUAGAACGACAUCCAAAACUGCGAGUCUGCUUGUCUCAUGGUGGAGGAUCAUUCCCUUAUACUAUGGGUCGUAUUGAGCACGGAUGGCGAGUCCGUCCUGACCUGUUCCCAACUAAAAUACAAAACCCGUUGAGCUACAUACCUCGUAUAUAUUGUGACUCGUUAGUGCAUGACGCCGAUGCUCUCGAAUUCCUGGUCAAGAAGUUUGGUGCUAAGCGUCUCAUGUUGGGAUCUGAUUAUCCCUUCCCAUUGGGUGAACAUGAGCCAGGACAAUUAGUCGAAUCUGUCACAUUUCUGUCUCGAGAAGAUAAAGCCUCUAUUCUUGGUCUGAAUGCACUGGAAUUCUUGGGUCUUGAUGUUGCUGAUUAUAUGCCAACCAAAAUAGCAACGACACAUCCUCUAGCUCUCAUCAAAGACUUGAAGGAGAAGCUGCUGAUCAAGGAGAACGACUUGAAGGAUAAUUUGUAUAUCAAAGACGAACAAGGUGCAAACGCUGUAGCAUAA